AUGGAGGCUUUGCACUACUACAUGCUCUCUUUCUACAUCCUCAUAGUUGCACACCUCGUAGCCCGCCCUCUGCGGCAGGCCUUUUCCUACGUACGCGUGCUUUACGCCCAGCAUCUGGCCUAUCCAUUGCUCGUCCGCCGGCAGCACUGGACGGGCGCCACCCGAUGGGAGGCUCUGGCCGUCCUCUCGUACGCUGGCGUAAACAUCGCCCUUCUGCUAUACCCUUUCAGUGCCCUGCCCACGCUGAGAGAGGUGGAGAGACGAGCAGGCGUGGCUGCAUUCGUCAAUCUGGUCCCCCUCUCCAUCGUCAUUCGAACGAACGUUCUCACCUCCCUGUGCAACGUACCUCUCGGUACCGUCAACCUCGUUCAUCACUGGAUCGGCAGGGUCGCCAUCGCCCAAGCGUUGAUCCACGCUUUCAUGGUCCUGGCUCUGCGGCCGAGGCCUGGUGCCGUUGUCGCGUCGGGAUACAUCGGACUCAGCACGCUGAUGCUCAUUCUGCCGUUGUCUGUCACCGUCCGCGUGCUCCGACUGGAACUCGAUGACGACGCCGCCCUCGUGACCGUGCACGCGGACGCGCCCAUCCGGGCCUCGGCCGACGAUCAUUUCAAUAUCUACUUUCCGGCCUCUUUCCCACGCUCGCUCGUGCCGGGCGUCCAUGGCCACGCGAUGAAGCCCUUGUGGUUCAAGCCCGGCGAUCUGGCCUCGCCGGACGGGGUGCGCACCAUGUCGUUCCUCAUGGCGCGCGACGGCACACUCGCGAGCCAGCUCGAGAGACUGGUGGAAGGCGCUGCGCUGAAGCUGGGCGGCCCCCUACGGACAGAAGUCGGACUUUCGCCAGUACGAGGACGUCAUGCUGGUGGCCAAAGGCGCGGGCAUUUCCGGAGUGCUGCCUUAUGCGCUGCAGCUCGCCGAGCGACGGAAGAGCACAUCCAGCGCCUGCAGCAGGAAGAGACCGAGCUCGUGUUGAGCGCGUCGAGCGCGGCGGGGGAGCACCGACAAAGCUUCCAACGUCGACUGGACGCGGUUCGCAAGGAGCGAACAUCUCUGUCGCGUGUGCUCUUCCAUGACAAAACGCAACGAGUCGACCUGUUGUGGAUGCUGGAAAACGAGAAGCAGGAAAGAUGGACAGCCGACUUCUUCUCUGCAUUGCAGCGUCUGGACCCAAGUAACAGAUUGCUUGUGGUGUGGUGUCUCUAUCCCGGCCCCCGCACCUCCAGGCUCCGACCGUUCCCGCCUUCUGAUCACUGGAAGUGCACCUCUGCCGCGCCGGGCGGGGCAGACGUCAUGGAGAUGAUGACGAACAGAAUUCGAGAGAAGAGUACACGGACGCGAGGCGAAAUGAUUGUCAUCAAUUGCGGAGACCCAGAUUUUACCAUGCGCAUGCGUGCUGGUGUCAUUGCGGCCAUGGGCGGCCGCACGUUCAUCGAGUUUGUUGAGUCCGAGUAUCAGCCGAGGUCGCAUCGACCGAUUGAUGCCGUCGUUGCGGGUCAGGCCGGCGGAAGGGGUGCUGGCAAGAGGGUGUGGGGCGGCAAGAGAAACGCGGCGUCGAGGCCAGUGACGAGAAAACGGCUACAUGAAGCUGCCUAG